AGGCAUCAGAGGAACUAGCUGAAACUGUCAAUGAACUGAAGAGGGCUGGAAGUGCUUUCCGAGCCGCCAGUGCAGCUGGAGAGGCAUCAGAGGAACUAGCUGAAACUGUCAAUGAACUAAAAGAGGAAGCAGGAGUGCUUCCAGAGCCGCCAGUGGAGCUGAAGAUGUGAUGGAUAAUGUGACAGAUGAAGCUGAAGAGGCAUCACUUGAAACGAUGCAUAAAAUCGAAGAGUCAGUGGAUACCACUAUGGGAAGUCGCGGAAGCUGCGCCAAGUACAUCACUCUUUGGAAAACUGAGGACCGCAGUGUCUAACGCAGUUACUGAUGUACAAGAUGCGGUGACAGGCAAAUACGAGGGUAACCCACACGAUAACGAUAAUAGCGAAGGUGUUGGUAUGGAGUCUGAGGCUCCAGGCUCGGAAAAAUGUAUUAACUUCUAUGUUGGAGACUCACCAUCUGAGGAUGAUAACGUAUCAGUAAAUGAGGAAGCAGCGGGCACUAGUACCUCCUUCUUUCGGACGCUGAAGGCAGGUGAACAUGAGAAGAAUGUUGACUUUGAUGUUGGAAAUUCAUCGGCGGACGACCCUGUUGCAAACCUGGCGGCAGCGGGAACAAGUUACAGCACACAGAUUCAUCAACAUGAGUUCGACGAAUCAGACGAGGAUCCUGAACAAGAACAGCAGAAGAUGGCCGUUAGCAACAGCAGCCAGCCCGACGAUGGAACAUCGGACGCCACCACCAACGAGACACACCCUCUUCCCCAGCCCAACACUCUCACCCACACCACCUUAGCUGACGGCAGAGACUCUCAAAACGAUGAUGUAGUACCUAACGUCACCCCAUACGAUGGCAGAGACUCUCAAAAUGAUGACGUGUCUCCUAACAUCACCCCAGAUGAUGGCAGAGGCUCUCAGAAUGAUGACGUUUCUCCAAACGUCACCGCAGAUGAUGGCAAAGAUUCUCAAAAUGACGACGUAUCUUCUAACGUCACCCCGGAUGAUAGCAGAAACUCUCAGAAUGAUGAAGUAUCUCCUAAACUUACUUCAAAAGAAGGCGGAGGCUCUAGGAAUGAUGAAAUACUUCCUAAUACCAACACAGAUGAUGGCAGAGGUUCUCAGAACGAUGACGUACAACCUGACGUCACCUUAGAUGAUGGCAGAGGCUCUCAGAAUGAUGAUGUACUUCCUAAUACUAGCACCGAUGAUGGCAGGGGCUCUCAGAACGAUGACGUACAACCUGACGUCACCUCAGAUGAUGGCAGAGUCACUCAGAAUGAUGACGUACCACAUAACGUCACCUCAGAUGAUGGCAGAGGCUCUCAGAAUGAUGAAGUACUUCUUAAUGCCAAUACAGAUGAUGGCAGAGGCUCUCAGAAUGAUGACGUACCACCUAACGUCACCUCAGAUGAUGGCAGAGGCUCUCAGAAUGAUGAAGUACUUCUUAAUGCAAACACAGAUGAUGGCAGAGGCUCUCAGAAUGAUGAAGUACUUCUUAAUGCAAACACAGAUGAUGGCAGAGGCUCUCAGAAUGAUGAAGUACCUCCUAAUACUAACACAGAUGAUGGCAGAGGCUCUCAGAAUGAUGAAGUACUUCUUAAUGCCAAUACAGAUGAUGGCAGAGGCUCUCAGAAUGAUGAAGUACUUCUUAAUGCCAAUACAGAUGAUGGCAGAGGCUCUCAGAAUGAUGAAGUAAUUCCGAAUACUAACACAGAUGAUGGCAGAGGCUCUCAGAAUGAUGAAGUACUUCUUAAUGCCAAUAUAGAUGAUGGCAGAGGCUCUCAGAAUGAUGACGUACCACCUAACGUCACCUCAGAUGAUGGCAGAGGCUCUCAGAAUGAUGAACUAAUUCCGAAGACCAGCACAGAUGAUGGCAGAGGCUCUCAGAAUGAUGAAGUACUUCUUAAUGCCAAUACAGAUGAUGGCAGAGGCUCUCAGAAUGAUGAACUAAUUCCGAAGACCAGCACAGAUGAUGGCAGAGGCUCUCAGAAUGAUAAAGUACUUCUUAAUACAAACACAGAUGAUGGCAGAGGCUCUCAGAAUGAUGAAGUACUUCUUAAUGCCAAUACAGAUGAUGGCAGAGGCUCUCAGAAUGAUGACGUACUUCCGAAUACUAACACAGAUGAUGGCAGAGGCUCUCAGAAUGAAGUACUUCUUAAUGCCAGCACAGAUGAUGGCAGAGGCUCUCAUAAUGAAGUACUUCUUAAUGCCAAUGCAGAUGAUGGCAGAGCCUCUCAGAAUGAUGUCUUAUCUCCUAACGUCACCUCAGAUGAUGGCAGAGGCUCCCAGAAUGGUGACGUACUUCUUAUUACUGGCACAGAUGAUGGCAGAGGCUCUGAGAAUGGUGACGUACUUCUUAAUACCAACACAGGUGAUGGCAGAGGCUCUCAGAAUGGUGACGUACUUCUUAUCACUGGCACAGAUGAUGGCAGAGGCUCUGAGAAUGGUGACGUACUUCUUAAUACCAACACAGGUGAUGGCAGAGGCUCUCAGAAUGAUGACGCACUUCCUAAUACCAACACAGGUGAUGGCAGAGGCUCUCAGAAUGAUGACGUACCACCUAACGUCACCUCAGAUGAUGGCAGAGGCUCUCAGAAUGAUGACGUACCGCCUAACGUCACCUCAGAUGAUGGCAGAGGCUCUCAGAAUGAUGAAGUACUUCUUAAUGCCAAUACAGAUGAUGGCAGAGGCUCUCAGAAUGAUGACGUACCACCUAACGUCACCUCAGAUGAUGGCAGAGGCUCUCAGAAUGAUGAAGUACUUCUUAAUGCCAAUACAGAUGAUGGCAGAGGCUCUCAGAAUGAUGACAUACCACCUAACGUCACCUCAGAUGAUGGCAGAGGCUCUCAGAAUGAUGAAGUACUUCUUAAUGCCAAUACAGAUGAUGGCAGAGGCUCUCAGAAUGAUGAAGUAAUUCCGAAUACUAACACAGAUGAUGGCAGAGGCUCUCAGAAUGAUGAAGUAAUUCCGAAUACCAGCACAGAUGAUGGCAGAGGCUCUCAUAAUGAAGUACUUCUUAAUGCCAAUGCAGAUGAUGGCAGAGCCUCUCAGAAUGAUGUAUUAUCUCCUAACGUCACCUCAGUUGAUGGCAGAGGCUCUCAGAAAGGUGACGUACUUCUUAUUACUGGCACAGAUGAUGGCAGAGGCUCUGAGAAUGGUGACGUACUUCUUAAUACCAACACAGGUGAUGGCAGAGGCUCUCAGAAUGGUGACGUACUUCUUAUUACUGGCACAGAUGAUGGCAGAGGCUCUGAGAAUGAUGACGCACUUCCUAAUACCAACACAGGUGAUGGCAGAGGCUCACAGAAUGAUGACGUACCACCUAAUGUCACCUCAGAUGAUGGCAGAGGCUCUGAGAAUGAUGAAGUAAUUCCUAAUACCAACACAGGUGAUGGCAGAGGCUCUCAGAAUGAUGACGUACCACCUAAUGUCACCUCAGAUGAUGGCAGAGGCUCUCAGAAUGAUGAAGUAAUUCCUAAUACCAACACAGGUGAUGGCAGAGGCUCUCAGAAUGGUGACGCACUUCCUAAUACCAACACAGGUGAUGGCAGAGGCUCUCAGAAUGAUGUUUUACCUCCUAACGUCAUCUCAGAUGAUGGUAGAGUCUCUCAGAAUGAUGACGUACCACCUAACGUCACCUCAGAUGAUGGUAGAGGCUCUCAUAAUGAUGAAGUACUUCUUAAUACCAACACAGGUGAUGGCAGAGGCUCUCAGAAUGAUGAAGUACCUCCUAAUACUAACACAGAUGAUGGUAGAGGCUCUGAGAAUGGUGACGUACUUCUUAAUACCAACACAGGUGAUGGCAGAGGCUCUCAGAAUGAUGACGCACUUCCUAAUACCAACACAGAUGAUGGCAGAGGCUCUCAGAAUGAUGAAGUAUCUCCUAAUACUAACACAGAUGAUGGCAGAGGCUCUGAGAAUGGUGACGUACUUCUUAAUACCAACACAGGUGAUGGCAGAGGCUCUCAGAAUGAUGACGCACUUCCUAAUACCAACACAGGUGAUGGCAGAGGCUCUCAGAAUGAUGACGUACCACCUAAUGUCACCUCAGAUGAUGGCAGAGGCUCUCAGAAUGAUGAAGUAAUUCCUAAUACCAACACAGGUGAUGGCAGAGGCUCUCAGAAUGAUGACGUACCACCUAAUGUCACCUCAGAUGAUGGCAGAGGCUCUCAGAAUGAUGAAGUAAUUCCUAAUACCAACUCAGAUGAUGGCAGAGGCUCUCAGAAUGAUGAAGUAAUUCCUAAUACCAACUCAGAUGAUGGCAGAGUCUCUCAGAAUGAUGACGUACCACCUAACGUCACCUCAGAUGAUGGUAGAGGUUCUCGGAAUGAUGAAGUACCACCUAACGUCACCUCAGAUGAUGGCAGAGGUUCUCGGAAUGAUGAAGUACUUCCUAAUACAAACACAGAUGGUAUCAAUGAUAAAAACAUUUCUGUACCUGUAGCUAUAAAUGCUGAACAAAUGAAGGAGAAAACGCCUGAAGAUCUUGACACAACGAACCAGAAACUGACUUCCGAAGAGUCACAAGAUGUCAACUCCAGUGAUUUAGAGGCAAAUGGGAAUAAUUUCAGUUCAACAGCCAGCCUAAACCAGGAGAGAGACGCUGGAAGACAGUCUAUUGACAUCGAAACUUGGGACUAUCCUUUAGUGAAGUGCACCAGUACGCCUGCAGAAGACAGUGUACCCAAAGAAACCGUAACAGCAAGCGUGGCCGAGCUUCAAGAAUAUGACGACUAUGGAAAACAAAAUUCUGAAACUAGCAAAAUUUAUCUUGAUGAUUAUGACAGUAAAGAAAAUAGAUUCGUGAGUGACGGUAGUGGAAACAAAGUAGGAGAAAAUGAAAACAAUAGAGGAGAAAAGGGAGAUACUGAGAAUGAAGCAGAGGGAACGGCAGUAAAUUUUAAAGACGAGCUGAUAACGACCCAGGAUGUUGUUUCUGAGAAAGAUGAAGACAAUGGCGGAGAUAAAGGAGAAGAAUCUGUCAAAGAGAAAAUCUCUCCUCAUUCAUAUGUCACCAUCACCGAUGACAGUGAAGAAAAUUAUGAAUCUUCGCAAAUAAAUGAUAGAAAUGAUCCACCAGAUAGCAAUAAGGAAUUCGAAUAUAUAUAUGGAGCUGUAUACAGCGAGGAAGACAAGGAAGACCCCCCAAACAACGACUACGACUUUUAUGGAAAUAAUACCGAUUCAGAAUCUCCAAAAGAUCGAGUUUCUCCCGCAGCCUCUGUUAGUAAAGAACGUGUGGAUGACAUAUUAGCGAAGAGCAGCAUUCCUCAAGAGGAAACCGAAACUGGACGUGGUUCUUCGAGUAGCGUUACCACCUCCCAAACUGACCAAGGCGAUAGAGAGCUUCCCCAAAUAAUUAUUGAUGCAAAUGGUGAUAUAAAUGAAAAUUCUGCAGACUCCAAAAACAGUGGUGUCCCAAUAACGGUUGACGACGAGGAAACGAGGGUACGAGUGGACACUCUUGAGGACUCUGAAAGUACCAGUGUCCAUACAGCGUCUGACGAGAAAUUUAGGACACCAGUGGACAAAGAUGUUCUCAACUCAGAGAACUCUAAACGAGAAGAUGAGGAGGACGAUGGUACACAAGAAGCCAGGGAAGUAAUAGAUGUAUAUAAAGACAAGAAUAAAACAAGGGAUACGACAGGUGAAGGAAACAAAACGUUAGAUGUUGAAGAAAUCACGACAGGUAGUGAAGCCAAUGACAUGACAGACUUCGGAGUCAAAGAAUCACAAGAAAAUAGAGACGAAGACUCAACAGGAGUUCAAGCCAAAACAUCGCUAGAUAUUAGAGAUGAAGAUAUGACGAACGUUAACAAUAUAGACGCAAUAGGUGUUGAAGAAAAAGACACAUCAGAUGUUACAGAAAAACAAGACACGACAGAUGGUGAAGGCAGAGAGAUGACUGGUGUUGAAGACAAAGAUACGGCAGACAGUAAAGACAAAGAUAGCACCGAUAUUUGUAUGACAUAUGAUGAAAACAAAGAUAGGACGGGUAAUGAAAACAAAGAUGGUGUAGGUGUGGAAAACGGAGUCAUGAUUGGUGCUGAAUUCGCUGAAGACAAAAACAUUACAGAUGUUGAAUACAAACAUAAUGAAGGCAAAGAUAUGACAAUUAUUGACGACAAAGGAAUGGUGAAUGUUGAUGACAAGGAUGCAAGAAAAAUAGAAGGAAGAGACUUGACAGAUGUUGAAAACAAAGACACACCAGACGAUGAAAACAAUGACAUGACGGAUGUUAAAAACAAAAAUGAAAUUCAUGGUGAAAUCGAUGCGAGUGACAACGAAUAUGAGGGGAGUGACGAGUGCAAAAAAACAGGAGUGGAGAGGAGCAAAGACCGACCCCUAUCAGGAAGCUCCUCUUGUUCCUGUUCUCGGGCAUCUGAGAAAGAGGACAAACAAACUCAGUACGAGAAAAGCGACAAGAAGAAAGACAAGGCCACGAAGGAAAGUCCUGAGGAAGAAACUAUUGGGUUCACAUACACGGACAACAGAUCAGGCGUGGAGACUGUGGGACGAUUCAGGCAAGAUUACCACCAAGCUAUUUCGGAUAUCAUACACUCGACUGCCAUAGAGGGAAGCCAGUCUCUGGAUCUGCACGUGAUGGCAAAUGAUAACAGGGACACGAAUCCUACAGAACUUAUUCCAGGAAUGUAGGAAGGUGUCGGUGGCAGUGGUAUUGUGGGCGACUCCUGCUGGUGGAGGCAACAAACAAACCAGAGAAUGAGGAGGAGGAACUUGCGCUAGCAGCUACCAAAAUUCAGGCUAGUUUCCGUGGACACCAAACAAGACAGGCAUUAAAGACCGGAGACUUAC